UAGCCCCUUAUAAGAUGUCUAUGGUGAUGACUGUCUCCCAGUGAGAAAUAGGUCAACUCCAACCGAGGCGCCUCUGUGGUCGCGGCGCUUGAUCUAUUAACACCCAGGGCUUGCGUGUUUUGUUUUUGAUGCACAGGACCGACCAACUGUUCUCUGAUGCGCGAUAUUUUGCUGUCCCCAAUGAUCUUUCCCAGCGUGGGCCCCGGGUGAAGCCUCAACUCGGCUGUGGGAUUUAGCUGCUAGCAAGCUAACCGAGUGUAAACAAGAUGAAGCGGGUGAAAGGCGCCAAGAAGGACAGCAACAACUCCUCCAGCAAGAGCCCGCCCGAGGCUUGCAAGAAGAUCCGGAAAGAGUCGAUUGUGGUGUCUGAGGCCGGCGACUCGCCAGAUUUCAACUGGGCUCGCCUCCCCCAGGAGCUCCUCCUCCACAUCUUUCAGUACCUAACGCUGCUGGACCGGGCCUACGCCUCUCAGGUGUGCCGUGGGUGGAACCAAGCCUUCCACAUGCCUGAGCUGUGGAGAUGCUUCGAGUUUGAGCUCAACCAGCCCGCCAGCUCCUACCUGAAGGCCACGCAUCCGGACCUUAUCAAGCAGAUCAUCAAGAGGCACUCUAACCAUCUGCAGUAUGUUAGCUUCAAGGUGGACAGCAGCACCGAGUCUGCAGAGGCUGCCUGUGACAUUCUUUCACAGUUGGUGAACUGCUCAUUAAAGACCUUGGGGCUCAUCUCAACAGCCAGGCCCAGUUUCAUGGAGGUUUCAAAGUCUCACUUCAUCUCUGCUCUGACGGUGGUCUUUGUCAACUCCAAGUCGCUGUCAUCGCUGAAGAUCGACGACACGCCGGUGGACGACCCCUCGCUGAAAGUGCUGGUGGCCAACAACAGCGACACGCUCAAACUGCUCAAGAUGAGCAGCUGCCCUCACGUGUCACCAGCAGGCAUCAUGUGUGUGGCCGAUCAAUGUCACGGCCUAAGAGAGCUGGCGUUGAACUACCACCUUCUGAGCGAUGAGCUGCUGCUCGCCCUCUCCUCGGAGAAGCACGUACACUUAGAGCAUCUACGCAUCGACGUGGUGAGCGAGAACCUGGGCCAGCACUUUCACACCAUCAAGAAGAGCAGCUGGGACGCUAUGGUGCGCCACUCGCCCAAGUUCAACCUGGUCAUGUACUUCUUCCUCUACGAGGACGAGUUUGGGCCCUUUUUCACCGAGGAGAUCCCCGUCACGCAUCUUUACUUCGGCCGCUCCGUCAGCAAGGAGGUGCUUGGUCGGGUGGGCCUAUACUGCCCCCGCCUGGUGGAACUGGUAGUGUGCGCCAACGGUUUGCGCCCCCUGGACGAGGAGCUGAUCCGCAUCGCCAAGCACUGCACCCAAUUGUCGGCCAUUGGCCUGGGCGAGUGUGAGGUCUCCUGCAGCGCCUUCGUGGAAUUUGUCAAAAUGUGCGGCCGCCGCCUCUCACAGCUCUCCAUCAUGGAGGAAGUGCUCAUCCCGGAUCACAAGUACUCCCUGGAUGAAAUCCACUGGGAGGUGUCCAAGCACCUGGGCCGGGUUUGGUUUCCGGACAUGAUGCCUACCUGGUAAAAGACUUACUCUAGUGUGGAACUCCUGUGGAGUGAAGUGCAGGAACUAUAACGUAGAUUCCAAAGUCACGGAAGCUCUAAAUCUCAGAUGGUUGUCUUGAAUACGAGAAACCUGCUGUGCCUCAUCAAAAAUGGAACUCAUCGGGCUUUUUCCCUCGAGGAAACCUUUUUAUAAAAGAGUUUAGAGUAAUGACUCAGCACAUCAUUUGUUGCACUACCACUUAAAUUGCAGCUCUGCAGCACAGUAUAGAGACGCAGUUUUUCGACCGAUGAAGCCUGGAUUAUGUUUUAAUUUGACAUCAUCUCAAUCCGUUUAUAGCUCUUUUUGGGGAGUAAGCAGAUGGCGUGCAAUUCUUCGCAGGAGCGCUGUUGGCCGGUGUUUUACAGAGCGUCAACUUAAUGAGUAAUCAUUAUUCUUGUCGAACAUUUAUCGUAUUUUCUGGACUAUAGAGUGCGCCAGUAUAUAAGCCACACCCACUAAAUUGGGAAGAAAACAAUAUUUUUCCACAUAUUAGCCGCACCGGAGUAUAAACCGUAGAUUGUGUUGUGGAAUUGGUUAUUUACACAGAAGGAUUUUUGAAAUGUUUAAUUACAUACCUUAAUUGUUUCUACACGUUGCCUGUAUCACGGGAGUAAAAGGACUAAUUUUCACGGACCCAUAAACUGCGGAAGCUCGCUCUCCAAUCAGCUGAACAGACUUAACUCCAAACUAUAUUUUGGUGAAUUUAAUGGGGAAUUUUUUAAAUUGUAACCAUACAAAAAUAAUGCCACUGUAAGUUAAUAAUACUAACACAGACACUUGCAAACGACACUAGCUUUACAUUACAAUAGUGUGUAGAAAUUAGCACAAAAACAGUACUAUUAAACAUGUGACAGUUUAGUACGUAUGAAUUGUUUUAGUUAUAUUACUGUUACUCUAUUAUAAUACCAAAUGCCUGAUGUGGGGCCCAUGGGCAAAAUUUGGUCCGUCGUGUCAUUUUGUCUGGCCUGCAAAACAUAUUCAUACUACCCUCUUUCAAGAUGAACAAUCCUUGAUGGCAUUUCCGCAAGGCUAUACUGUAAAAAGUCUAAGAUUUCACUGUAUAAACGUGGCAGCACACUUGCCAGAAAUAUACGGUAAAAUACUCAUUGGUACCAUUUUGACUUUUACAGCAAUGCACUGUAAAAACGGGGCACUUACAUUUUAUAGUAAAAAUGUAGCAGCUCAGUGGCCAGAAUUUUGCAGUAAAAUAACACGUGUACUGUUUUUCCAAUUUCCAAUUUAAAAAUAGACAGAUUUUACAGUAAAAAAAAUGGCAGAUCAGUCAGUCACCAGAAUUUUACGUUAAAAAAAACAGUGGUACAGUUUUUCAAUGCACAGUAAUUUAUACUCCCUAACCCUCCCGAUUUUCCCGGGAGACUCCCAGGGUAACCAUUCUCCCGAUUUCCACCCGGACAACAAUACUUUAGUGUCUUCUCUCACCUGAAAAGGACACUAAUAUAUAUGCCUCUGUUAUCCAUAGGUUUAUCUAUAACCCAUAAUGUAGGCAGGCACGGAGCUAUUUCUCAGUGUGUGUUUAUUCCAGCCGGCACGGUAAUACACUGACACACAACAUCUGGAUUCCCAUCAUGCAUUGCUUCAAAACUACAGCAAGUAGUAAUGUCCAAAAACGAAGCAGAAGAACGAAGAAGAGACAUGGCGACGACGAGUAAGAAGACGAAGUAUGCUUUCAAGUUCCAAAAUGAUUGGAAAAAAAUAAUUUCAGUUCAUCCAGGACAGCUCGAGGCGGAAGGGGCAUGCUGCCUGCAAAUUUUGUACAUCAGACUUUUCCAUUGAACACAGUGGUCGAACGGAUAUACUCAUUCAUGAACGGAUGAUAUAUAUACGGUGAAGAAAAUAAGUAUUUGAACACUGCUAUUUUGCAAGUUCUCCCACUUAGAAAUCACGGAGGGGUCUGAAAUGUUCACGGUAGGUGCAUGUCCACUGUAUAAGAGAUAACCUAAAAAGAAAAAUCCAGAAAUCACAAUCUAUGAUUUUUUAACAAUUUAUUUGUGUGAUACAGCUGAAAAUAAGUAUUUGAACACCAACAUUAAUAUUUGGUAAAGUAGCCUUAGUUUGCAAUUACAGAGGUCAAACGUUCCUGUAGGUUUGCACAGACUGCAGGAGGGAUUUUCGCCCACUCCUCCACACAGAUCUUCUCUAGAUCAGUCAGGUUUCUGGGCUGUCGCUAAAUAACACAGACUUUCAGCUCCCUCCAAAGAUUUUCAAUUGGAUUUAGGUCUAGAGACUGACUAGGCCACUCCAGAACCUUGAUAUGAUUCUUACGAAGCCAUUUCUUGGUUAUCCUGGCUGUGUGCUUUGGGUCAUUGUCAUGUUGGAAGAUCCAGCCAUAACUCAUCUUCAAUGAUCUGACUGAGGGAAGGAGGUUUUUUGCCAAAAUCUCACAAUACAUGGCUGCAGUCACCUUCUCCUUAAUACAGCACAGUCGUCCUGUGCCAUGAGCAGAAAAACACCCCCAAAGCAUGAUGCUACCAUCCGGAUGCUUCACAGUAGGGAUGGUGUUCUUGGGAUGGUACGCAUCAUUCUUCUUCUUCCAAACAUGUAUAGUGGAAUUAUGACCAAAAAGGUAAAUAUUGGUCUCAUCUGUCCACAAAACUUUCUCCCAUGACUCUUCUGGAUCAUCCAAAUGGUCAUUGGCAAUUUUAAGACGGGCCUUAACAUGUUCUGGUUUAAGCAGGGGAAACUUUCUGUGCCAUGCAUGAUUUCUAACCAUGACAUCUUAGUGUAUUACCAACAGUGACCAUGGAAACAGUGAUCCCAGCUCUUGUCAGGUCAUUGACCAAGUUCUGCCGUGUAGUCCUGGGCUGAUUCCUCACCUUUCUUGGCAUCAUUGAGACCCCACGGGGUGAUAUCUUGCAUGGGGCUCCACUUUGAUUGAGACUGACCAUCAUGUUUAGCUUCUUUCAUUUUCCAAUGAUUGCUCCAACAGUGAACCUUUUUUCACCAAGCUGCUUGGCAAUUUCUCCGUAGGUAGCCCUUUCCAUCCUUGUGGAGUUGUCCAAUUUUGUCUCUGGUGUCUUUGGACAGCUCUUUGCUCUUAGCCAUGCUGAAUGUUUGGGUCUUACUGAUUGUAUGGAGUGGACAGGUGUUUUUAUGCAGCUAACGACUUCACACAGGUGCAUCUGAUUCAGGACAAUGCGGUGGAGUGGAGGACUUUUAAAGGCGGACUAACAGGUCCUUGAGUGUCAAAAUUCUAGCUGAUAGACAGGUGUUCAAUUACUUAUUUUCAGCUGUAUCACAUGAAUAAAUUGUUAAAAAAUCCUAGAUUGUGAUUUCUGGAUUUUUCUUUUUAGGUCAACUCUCGUACAGUUGACAUGCACCUACCGUGAAAAUUUCAGACCCCUCCAUGAGAACUUGCAAAAUAUCAGGGUGUUCAAAUACUUACAUAUAUAUUAGGGCUUUCAACCCGCAGCACCUGCAGUAAGCACAACCAUAGCACAAUUACACACCUUUCCAGUCUGCAGGUGUUGCUACUAUUAAGGUUGUUGUAUACAAAAAAAAAAUAAAACAAAGAAAAAAAUCAUAGAUUAGCAGCACCUUUUGUAUAGGUUUGUAGUUUAGCUUUGUUUGUCGCAGGUAAACAAUGGCAGUUAAAUUACGAAGCUGGAAUUCAUCAAUUUUGCAUCACUUACUUUUAUCGCUAACAUUGUUCCCCAAUUGUUCGGAAAUAAUGUCCUACAAUCUGACCCAUAAGGCCUCUUGUGUGGAAGAGUACGGCAAGCUACACGGGAAAGUUUGGAUGGGAAGCAGCGGGCCAUGACGUAAGAACAUAAUCUAGGCUUCAGGCGGAAGGAAGACUGUUUGGAUCUUGACGCCGUAACAACAAACAUGGCCAUAGGAGAUCUAAGUUAAUAGAAAUAUGUAAAUAUAUACAGUGGGGCAAAAAAGUACUUAGACACCGAUUGUGCAAGUUCUCCCACUUAAAAUAAUGACAGAGGUCUGUAAUUUUCAUCAUAGGUACACUUCAACUGUGAAAGACAGAAUGUGAAAAAAAAAAAAUCCAGGAAUUCACAUUGUAGGAAUUUUACAGAAUUUAUUUGUAAAUUAUGGUGGAAAAUAAGUAUUCAAAGCUCUCACUGAUGGAAGGAGGUUUUGGCUCAAAAUCUCACGAUACAUGGCCCCAUUCAUUCUUUCCUUAACACGGAUCAAUCGUCCUGUCCCCUUAGCAGAAAAACAGCCCCAAAGCAUGAUGUUUCCACCCCCAUGCUUCACAGUAGGUUUGGUGUUCUUGGGAUGCAACUCAGUAUUCUUCUUUCUCCAAACAUGACGAGUUGAGUUUAUACCAAUAAGUUCUAUUUUGGUUUCAUCUGACCACAUGACAUUCUCCCAAUCCUCUGCUGUAUCAUCCAUCCAUCCAUUUUCUACCGCUUAUUCCCUUUAAGGGUCGCUGUCGCCUAUCUUAGCUACAAUCGGGCAGAAGGCGGGGUACACCCUGGACAAGUCGCCACCUCAUCGCAGGGCUGCUGUAUCAUCCAUGUAUCCAUUUUGGUAUGAACUCAACUCGUCGUGUGUGGAGGAAGAAUACUGAGUUGUAUCCCAAGAACACCAAACCUACUGUGAAGCAUGGGGGUGGAAACGUCAUGCUUCGGGGCUGUUUUUCACAUUCUGUCUCUCACAGUUGAAGUGUACCUAUGAUGAAAAUUACAAACCUCUGUCAUCAUUUUAAGUGGGAGAACUUACACAAUCGGUGGCUGACUAAAUACUUUUUUGCCCCACUGCAUACAUGUGUGUGUCAUGUUAAUGUGUACAGUGUUAUUCCACGGUAUGGACAUGUUCAAUUUGCUUAAUUUUUUUGUUUUUCUUGGGUUUUUUCCAUGCAAAAGUGUGUCGGUUUUACAGACAGUUUGUGGUAAAGGCGGAUAUUCCCGACGCACUUUAUGUGAGUGAAUAUCAAAUGGCGCUAAUUCCUCCUGAGGAAGCCAUCCGAUAAAUGUAUAGAAAUCUAUGACGUAAUUAGCGAGAUUGUUUUUAAUUAGCCAAGUCGCACAACUUCGCCCGCACUUUCAGGACAUUUUCGUUUUAAGGUUGUUGUUUUUUUAUUAUCUGUGCAUGCUGCUUUUUGUCUCAUCACGUCUGAAAUCAUGGCAGGUAACAGCUGCCGCUCGGCCUGGGCUGGUAGGCAAUAAAUCGAUUAAUUGAGUGAUAAAUAAAAAGGAACCCGAUAACUUUG